AUUUUUCUCUAUAUUUUGUUUCCCAGUUUGUACUGCGUGAUUGUGUCUUUAGUUAAUUGAGUUUUUGUACCACCAUUGAAUUAACCGAAUCGAAACAAAGCAAAACAAACAAUCAUCAGAAAAAUCAACAAACAGACAAAAAAUUAGAUAAAUAAAUCAAACAAAACAAAUGAAAAUAAUGAUACAAAAAUGCCUUGAUAAAUUUUUUGUAGUAAAUAGUUUGAUUUGUUUUGGUUGUUUGUUAAUAUUUCCUAUUGUUUGUGUUCAUCAUUCUGCCAUUGUCGAUCAACAACAAAUACCAUCACCACCAUUACCAUCAUUAUCAUCAAAUUUGAAUAAUGAAACAACAACAUCACCAAUAUGGUAUCUAGAUGGUACAUCAUCAUCAUAUCUACAAUUUCAAUCAUGGAAACAUUUUUUCUAUAGAAAAAAUAUCAACGAUGAUGAUGAACAAAAAGAAGAAUUAUCGAAUCAAGAUCAAGCAUCAAUAAGUUUUGAAUUUCGUUAUCAAUUAGAUCAAAGUACGCUAAGUCGUCCAUUAGGUGGACUGUUAUUAUAUACGGAUGAUGAACAAGGAAUUGGUGGUAGAUUUUUAGAAAUAAAAUUAUUAUCCGAUACACAAUUACGUUUACGUAUUGAUGAUAAUUCUAUGAUACGAACGAAAAAUUUAAUUGAAUUAAAACAACAACAAAUUAAUUUUACUGAUGGUCAAUGGCAUCGUUUAGAGCUUAUACAUCAUUAUCAAUUGCCAAUCGUUAAUGAAAACAAUCAUAAUAAUAAUUUUAUCAAUGAAAAUGUGAUGAUUAAUUAUGAUGAACAUUUUGAAACAAUUACAUUGAAAAUUGAUUCGGAAACGUAUCGAAAAAAUUUAGAAUUAUCAACCAAUCGUAUUGGUUAUGGUGGUUUACAAACGAAACAUCAAUCAAAAUCGGCUAAUGAUGAUGAAUGUCAUCAUAAACAUAAAGCAGUUUUUAUUGGUGGUAUACCGGAAGAAUAUCGUCAACAAAAUCUAGCACAUCUUGCAUUACCAACCGUUGCUUAUGAGCUACAUUUUCGUGGUGCUAUUCGUAAUGUACAAUAUUCAUAUCGUAAUAAAAUAAAUCAUCUUGAUGAUAAUCAACAAUCGAAAAUCAUUGUACAACAACAAUUACCCGUUGCUAGUUAUGGACUGUUUGGUGAAUAUUUUAAUUCAAAACAUGAUUUAGAAUGUGAUCCAAUACAAGAUCGUUGUAAACAUGGUGGUUAUUGUUAUACAACCAAUAAUGGUGUUUAUUGUGAUUGUUCAAUCACUGAUUUUGAUGGUACUUAUUGCCAGAAUGAAAAACGAUUAGCCGAAGCAACAUUCCAUGGAAAUUUAGGCGAAUAUUUAGGCUAUAAUUAUAUGGAUCUACCAAAUGCAUGGUCAUUAAUUAGUAUAAGAGAAUCAUUUGAAUUAUCAUUUCGUACAAAAAUUGCCAAUGGUUUGCUACUGUUAACCAGUGAUGAAUAUGAAGAUUAUUUAGCCAUUACAAUACGUGAUGCUGGACUAACGUUGACAAUGAAAUUAGGCUCGAAUGUUCAUGAAAAAACAAUUAAACCAAGUAAAGUACGUUUUGAUGAUAAUCAAUGGCAUACAGUAUUAGUUUGGCGUCGUAUACGUGAAAUAUCACCAUCAACUUAUUUUUGUCAUUUUUCGAUCAGCGUAGAUGGAAUUUAUACACAAUAUGGAUCAACCGCUAGUCCAAUAUCAUAUUUAAUAUCAAAAGUAUUCUAUGUUGGUGGUAUUGCACAUAAUUCGGCUGUUGAAACAUCUAAUCCAAUUACAACUAGCAGUAAUUUUGUUGGAUGUUUACGAAAGACUAUUUUGACAGCUGAUAAUGUACGAUUAGAUUUAUUGGAAAUUUUACAAAAUGACAAUUAUAAUUAUGAUACAAAACAACAACAACAACAAGAAUCAACAAUAUUACAAAAAGAUUGGCAAUCAGAUAGUUUAAUUCGAUUAUAUGGUGGUAAUCAUUCAUUAUCAUCCAUGAUAUGUGAAGAUGUUGAUAUUUCAGAUCCAAUAACAUUUACAACAUCCGAGUCAUAUCUAAAAUUAAAUGGAUGGAAUUCACCAAAAGAAGGAACAUUAUCAUUGAAAAUUCGUACAAAUGAACCAAAUGGUGUAUUGAUUUAUUCGGAUGGAAAACCGGAUAAAAAUUCAACAAGAGAUUAUUUUGCACUGGAAUUACUUGAUGGACAUUUAUAUUUAUUAAUGAAUUUAGGAUCCGCACCAGUUAAAGUUAAAGCAACAAAUAAACGUAUUGAUGAUAGUCAUUGGCAUAUGAUAACUGUUAGAAGAUCCGAACGGAAUGGACAAGUUGUUGUUGAUGAAACAAUUAGUGAUUUUGUUUCACCUGGACAAUCAAAUCGUUUAGAUUUAAGUGAUUCAAUUUAUUUAGGUGGUAUACCAUUGUUUAGUGGACAACGAUCAACAACAACAACAUAUACACCACCAGAAUUAUGGUCAUCAUCAAUUGGUUAUGGUUAUAUUGGUUGCGUAAAAGAUUUAUAUCUAAAUGAUCAUAUUAUUGAUAUAGCAACUUUGACAAAACGUCAAGAUUCUGGUAGUAUACGACCAUCAUGUCAUUCACUUUCAUCACAAUGUAGCAAUUCACCAUGUCAAAAUGAUGGACAUUGUAUUGAAGGUUGGAAUCGUUAUUAUUGUGAUUGUACUGAAACAUCUUAUACUGGUUCUGUUUGUACAAAAAAUGCAGCAAUAGUUAGUUUUAAUGGUGAACAAUAUAUAACAAUUUUAUUACCCGAAGAAUUACAAACACAAGCUGAAUCAUUAUCAUUACGUUUUAAAACAAAUAAACCAAAUGGUUUAUUAUUAACAACAUCACAUUCAUAUUUAGAUGAUCAUUUUAUGAUAUUAUCAUUGGAAUCUGGAUCAAUACGAUUAGAUUUUAAUUAUGGUGAUCAACAAAUGAUGGAACGUAUUAUUAUGAUUGAUCAAAAACUUAAUGAUAAUCAAUGGCAUACAAUACAUUUAGAACGUCGUGGUCCUAAUAUAGAAAUUUCUAUUGAUCAAAAAACUAAACAAGUUAUUGAAUUAACUGGACAACAUUUUACAUUACAAAUUAGUGCUAUACAUAUUGGUGCACGUUUGAACAUACAUAAAUCUCGUCAGAAAAAACAUUUUACCGGUUUUAUUGGUCAGAUGCAAAAUUUUGUAUUCAAUGGACAACAAUAUUUUGAAAAAAUCCGUGAUGGACAAUUACCAAAUGGAUCGAUUCGUAUAACGGCAAAACUAGGGAAAAAAGAUCGUAUUCUACACAAUGCAGUCACGUUCAAAUCAAAAUAUACAUUUGUCGGUCUACCACAAUUGAAAGCAUAUUCUCGUUUGAAUGUUUAUUUUCAAUUUAAAACUCGUGAACCAAAUGGUUUAUUAUUAUUCAAUGGUGGUGGACAAAAACAUGAUUUUAUUGCUGUCGAAAUGGUUAAUGGAAAUAUUCAUUAUAUUUUCGAUCUGGGUGAUGGACCACGUCGAUUACAAUCAAAUAAUCGUCAAUCAUUAAAUGAUAAUCAUUGGCAUACAGUUACAUUAGGACGACCAUCAUUAUAUCAACAUACAAUGCUUAUUGAUGAUUCUUUAAUAACAAUCAGUACAUCAAACAGUGAAAGAAAUUUACAUCUAGAUUUGGAUGGACUUCUUUAUAUUGGUGGUGUACGAGAUACAAUGUGGCAAUCAUUACCGAAAAUAAUCAAAUCUCGUAUCGGUUUUGAAGGUUGUCUGGCAUCAUUAGAUCUUAAUGGUGAAACAUUUAAUCUUGUCGGUCAAUCAGAUGUUCUAAUACCAAGUACAUUGGUUGAAUCGGGUUGUUCAACACCGAUAACACGUUGUAGUUCAACUGCUUGUGCUAAUCGUGGUAUUUGUGUACAAUUAUGGAAUAGUUAUACUUGUGAUUGUGAUUUGACAACAUUUUCCGGACCAACUUGCGCAGAUGAAAGCACUGCAUAUCAAUUUGGUCCGAAUCCUGGUCUGAUAAGUUUUACAUUCGAUGAAAAUAAUCGUCCAGAUACAAGAAAUGAUCUUUUGGCAUUAGGUUUUUUAACAACUUUAAAAGAUGGUGCAUUAGUACGUGUAGAUUCAGCAACAACUGCUGAUUAUUUUCAAUUAGAAUUAAUUGAUGGAAAUAUUCUGGCUGUUUAUAAUUUGGGUACUGAAGAUAUUGAUAUUGGUGAUUUGGGUAUUAAAGUUAAUGAUGGUAAAUAUCAUAUUGUUCGAUUUACACGUUCCGGUCAGAAUUCAACAUUACAAAUUGAUAAUCAUAAUAUUAUAACACGGUCACCAUCGGGAAAACAAUUAAAUAUUUUUAAUCGUCAUGCUUUUAUUCAAAUUGGUGGACAUAAAAAUAUUCUUCGUAAUUCGAUUGAAAAACCAUUCAUCGGUAUUAUUGCCGGUUUAGUUUUUAAUGGUCAUCGUCUUUUGGAUAUGGCUGCUGAAGAUGAUCCAAGAAUUAAAACUGAAGGUGAUUUAGAAUUGAUGAUUUCGAUUGGAAAUCAACAAACAUCAAUGACAUCUUUGGCUAUGACUCCACCAUCAACAUCAAACAAUGAUCAUUUAAAUAAUCAAAUGUUGGCAGAGCCAAAAAGUCCAUAUGCAAAUGAUGAUCUUAUUUAUUCAAGUGCCGGUUCCGGUUGUUUUGAUGUUAAUGAAGAUGAGGAAUGUGCUCAUAUCGCCAAUGAAGGAUCCGGUGAUGAACUGAUUACACCUGUCUAUGUUUCAGUGAAUAGAUUUCGUCCAACUCCGUCCUCAUCAUUUACGAAUCGUAAUCGUGGUAAUAACGAUAAAGAUGUAUGGCGUCGUCCUUGUCAAAAUGAAGAUGAUGAUGAUUGUAUGGAAGGUUCAGGUGAUAAACCACCAACAUCAUUCAAUAAUAAUAACCGUCAAUAUAAUUAUUCAAAUUUUGAUUAUUAUUCAUCAACAUCACGACCACAAUGGAUGACAACAUGGAUACCACCAACAAUUGUACCAAUUAAUCGUCCACCAUAUUCCCCGAAUCAACCACCACCAUGGAAUUCUUAUAAUACACCAUCAUCAACAAAUUAUGAUCCAUAUGGUAAUCAUCAACAACAACAUUAUCCAAUUCAAAGACCAAAAACAACAGCACCAUCAUGGACAAAACCAGUAUAUUCAGUAAAUGGUCCACAACGUCCAAUUAUACAGCCACCAUUAAUUGAAUCACAAGAUCCACCUGAAAUUUAUGAUGUACCAUUAAAUAUUCCGUUAGAUAUUAUUAAUAAUGAUACAACAAUUGGACAACAACCAACAUCACCAGAUGAUCCAAAUCAACAACAAAUACCAACAGAAAUAUUAACACGUGCAAAUUCUGAACGUACUGUGAUUAUAAUUAGUGCAAUAGCAAUAUUAUUAAUAUUGGUUGUUGUUAUUGGUCCAAUUGUUUUAUUCUUAAAAGUACGUUAUAGUGCAAAUCAAUCUGCAUAUAAAAUUGAAACAUUUGGACCAAAAAUGUCAGCAACAAUGCCAUUACAUGGUUCAUUAUCAUAUCAACCAUCAUAUAAUCCUGUUGUACGAGCAACAUCAGUAAGUGGUAUUACUGGUCAUACAAUGUCAAUGAUGGGUAUGAUGCAACAACCAAUGGCUCCCGGUGUUGGUAUGAAUACAAUGAGUGGUAGAGUUAGUUUAUCAAGACCUGGUACGAGGCCUGGUACACCAACACAAGAUUAUAAUACUGGUGGUGGUUGUAUGAAGAAAAAAGAUCCACAUGAAUGGUACGUUUAAAAAGGGUUUAAAACAAAAAAAUUCAAUAAGCAAUAAUAUUACCUGAGAUUACAAACAAAACAAAAA